UUUCUUUCUGAAUUUAUUGUUUCGUUUUACUGACCGUAAGCAAAUAUAACAAAACAUCUCACCGACUAAUAUUGAUUAAGAACAAACACAAUGAACCUGGCAGAUGAUAGAACAGGUACUAGAGGUGUUCCCCAAUGUUCUCGCUUCAUAGUAGUCUUCCCUCUUUAGGCAUGGGAGGCGUGGCGGGGGCAGAGCGGCGUGGCUAUGCUCCAGGUGACGGCGGGCGGCCGCGAAACUAACAUGACGCAACGCCUCGCUCGCCUGGUGGCGCUGGCUGGACGGGUGCGUCGGUUGUCGUGGUGCACGGUGGUGGUGGUGGUGAGUCACGACCCGGCCUUCCUCGCCGCCUUCGCCGAGUGGUCCCUGAGAGGCCGGCUGCUGGUGUGGUCCACCAGGCUGGUGGUGGUGACCCGCCUGGCUCUCCCGCAGCUCCGAACCCUCCUGCCCGCUCACUGGACCUUCGCCAUGAUGAACGCCGUGUUCCUUAUCACAAAAGACACCUCUGGCAAUAACGAGUUUCACGGCGCCACGGUGAACGUGACCACCCUGCCAUACGGGGUGUUCUGGGAUGAGAGCGAGGGGCCCGGCAACACCACGGUGUUCUCCGGCACCGACUACUACACCCUGGAGGCCAUCAGCCACGCCCUCAACUUUACAAUUCGUAAAGUGCCCGCCACCUCGUGGGCAGAGCACACACGCAAAAUCCUUCCCCAGGUCCUUCAGCUUGUGGCGGAGCGGAGGGCGUUUUUUGCCCCGGUGGUCCACACGGUCCUGCCUCACAGACUCGAGAAGAUUGACUUCUCCAUCGUGUAUGAAAUGUCAACAAUAUCGUUUUGCAUGGCGCCACCCGGCAUCACCGCGCAGUGGCAGGCGCUCUACUACCCGCUGUCCCACACCGUGUGGUUCUCCACCUUGCUCGUGCUGCUCCUCACGCCAGUGGCUUUUAUCGUGCUCAUCAGAAAAACGGGAGAUAUAUUAGCGAAGAGGACUGAGCAGUUUAGUUUUGGAGCCUUGUUCCAGCACAUGGCCGGCAUUUUGCUGGGCCAGAGCCUCCUGCACCGCCUGCCCAGCUUCUCCUCCAGCCGGGUGCUGGUGGCCGCCUGGCUGGUGUUCGCCCUCAUCCUCGGGACAGUGUACAGCGGCAACCUCACCGCCUCCCUCACCCUGCCCAAGUACCCGCCCCGCCCCGAAACGCUCCCCCAGCUCGUGGAGGCUGUUGACAGGAUAACGAUGCAGCCUUACGGGAAGGAGUUCAGGAAAUUCUUUGCAAAGUCAGACUCGCCGCUGUUCCAAAAACUGGCCGACAUGAUAGACUUCGUGCCGUCACUCGUCGAGGGACAACGGCAGGCUGCUGAGAGGAACCAGGCACAUCUGGAUAACCUGCGCUCCCAGCACGACAACAUCGCGAAGAGUUACUCGCGGGCAGACGGCAGUGAGCUGCUGUACAUCGGGCGGGAGAGCAUCAUGCCGGGACAGUCCGCCUGGCCGCUGCCCCACGACGCCCCUUACACCGCCGUCAUUGACCGUCACCUCAUGGCUGUGGUAGAGGUGGGUUCAAGGAGCUAUUAUGCUCCUUUGAACUAUCCUGUUGGCGAAUAAUAGAGCAUUUAAGAAGUCUCACUCGAAAGUCAAUCUACACCAAAGCUACUGCGAUGAUAAUUCAGGCACCACAGCAUAUACUCAUGGAAAAGUAUGAACUGCAUAGCAACAAACAAACACUAAACUUGUUGGCGACAUGUUUUCAGGGAGGGCUGUACGAGAAGUGGGGGAACGACUUACUGCUUCGAUCCAAGCAAGAGUCACGUAAGACGCAGAAUCAUCGCCUGAGCCUCAAGGCCGAGGUGGACAGCUCGCCGUCCCUCUCCAUCAAGCAGAUGCAAGGAGCCUUCAUGAUCCUCGCGCUGGGGCUGGGCGUGGCUGUCCUUGUCUUUGCUGGAGAGGCUCUCGUAUGCCGCCACCUGAAACACAGUAUAAGAAAAAGGCUCACCGAAUAUUAACAGCUUGUCUUUGUUUGAGAGGCAGUUGUAGAUAGUUUGUUAAGGAUGAGUAUCAAUGAAGUAGAGGACAGUUUAUGGUAACACCUGGUCUUUGCCGUAGAGGCUCUCAUAUACCUCCAUCUGCAGCAUAGUUUAAGAGAAAGGCUCCUGAAUGUUAACAGCUUGUCUUUGUGUUGGAGAAGCAGUUGUAGAUAGUCUGUCAAGGAUGAGUUUCGUUGCAGUAUAGGGCAGUUUAUGGCAACAUCUGAUCUUUAUUGAAGAGGCCGUUAGGAAUUAUAUUUGAAGCAUGAAUUUCGCUACAGCAGAGAAGAGCCUAUGUUGAUAGCUUCUAAUCACAAACACAGGCGUAUUCCAUGUGCAUUUGUUACCAGUUGUCUCGGGGGCUGAGGGCCGUCGAGUGUGCCGACAAGAUGAGGGAGCGGCAGUUUA